UGAUAACUGAAGAGGUUAACUGUUUGGAGUUGUUACCUCGGAAUUACUUGUCAAGGGGCGUCACGUCGUAGAUUCAACUCGCUUUUUCAUCAAUCGCUGGCUGUGAGUAAAUGUUGUGUAUGUUUCUGUGAUUUCUGAAGGUUUAGAGGAUUACUAUUUCACCAUGAGGAGUUUCAUCUCAUUUCGAAAAUGUACCAUUUUCAUGUCUAUAAUUUUAUUUGCCUUUCAAGAAUGCUAUUCUGAUACAAUAUUUACCUGCCCAAAAAAUAAGGGAAAUCCUAUGCCAAAGUUUCCUGAUGCCUAUUCAGCUGAUACAAGAUUGAAUUUUAAAGAACUUGGCAGGUCUGUUGAUAUGAGGCAAGUUGUGAAAGACGGUAAAAUAAGCAUGGAAUUCUUUGCCGGUGAAAGACAUGUCAAGUAUAUACGAGUUGGGGAACAGCAGAUUCUGUUAUCAUAUGGCACUGAUGAUUUAUAUCCAAACUGUACAGUAAAAACUGUCAAGCAGGCUGGUAUUGUUCUCGAAGCAGAGGAUGCUGGUCCAAACAAAAUACUGGAGAAGCUCCACAAUAUUGUUCAUGGUAAAAGAAGCUCCGAGUUCUCUCUUUCCAGUUAUACGUAUGAAAAUAGCGUCUUAGUUAGGAAAUGGGAGGGUUGCUUUAAAGAUCCUGACAUUAAUGCUUCGUUCGCUUUUGCAGAUGAAAUUUGGGACAACAGUCGAAAAUCCUUUCUUCAUAAUGCUUAUUACGUAGUUUCAGCAGAAGCACAAAUUGAAACAGAAUUCUUGGUAGCAUUAGUUAGUAACUUUGAUCCUAGGGCUCCUUCGGAUAUGGAAUUCAUGCCGCCAGAAAAUGUGUAUUGUGAUGGAUUCACACCCCAGACCAACAAGAAACCCCUUGCGAUACCAGAUUAUUUUAGCUACGAUUCAGAAUUAAUUGUUUACAGGGAUACAGAAGGAAUUGAUCCACUUGUUACUCAUCGUACUAUAUACUACGAUUUAAUAGCCGGUAUAGAACGGACCGAUUUUUAUGAUGUCUACCAGGAAGAUGGCGAUACAUUUUCAAAAGUAACAGAAAGGAGCAUAUCCAUUAUCCAUGACUUCAAAGCAGGUAUUCAGUAUAAAUUCAGUCCAGCAACCGGAACCUGUGAAGUGGAUGCUUUUCUAAGUAAUAUUGGUCCCAUUUCGGUAAAACUGACUGGAAAAGACAAGAUGUCUUCUGGAAACGAAUUCUUUAAUUUGAAUACAGACAAAAUACAGUAUAAUGGAGUGUUUCGCACACGUGAUUAUGAAGUUGAUGUUUACACCGCUCCUGCAGACCUUUUCGGCGAGAAAUACAUUUUCUCAUGGUAUUUCAGUACGGAUGGGAUCCAAGUCGCCUCAAAAGGAGAAGUGGAGCAGAAUGUGCUUGUCCGUAUGGUCAUCAGAAGUGCAACUCCGGGUGCUGGGAAAGAAGGUAUGGUGGUUGCCAACUUCUUUAAUUUUGAGAAAGGAGAACCAGGAGAUUUUGUAUAUGAUUUGACAAGUUGCUAUGAUGAAACAUUGUCAAAGCAUUUUGUGCUGACAUUCCAAGUCAAUGAAGUACUAAAGGGUUCUGAAAUGAAAAUAUCAUCUCUUAUUCACAAGAGUAUUCAGACUGUGGCUGGAGUCAGCAGUCAAAGAGUGUAUAUGUCAGAGGUUAUUGUAAAUAAGAGAUAUAUGUACGCCAGGUUCAAGCUUCUUGCUCCUCCAAAUGCUUUGUAUCCUGAAGCAAAUUCAACUAAUGAAAGCACAUUAGAUGAAGCGGUUGCGAAAUUAAGAAAGUCUGUCGAAGAUAACACAUUCAACAUUUCCCUUAUAGUUAAAGGCGAACUGGAAUACCUGAAACCUAUACGAAAUGGCCUGAAUGAAUUUUCCGGGGAUCUGAGAAUUGAAGAACCAUCUACAGCGACUUAUAAAGAGGGUUCUGUGAUAGCCCUUACAAUUGGAAUGUUAGUUUUAGGAUUCGUUCUUGGAGGUGUGACUCUCAACUUAGUUGUGAGCAAGAAGUAUGGAGUAUCUCUCUGUCAGAAAAAAAAUGUGAUUCGUGAUCCAUUUAGUAAUUCCCUCGGAGAGAGUUCAAUGUGAAUGUGGUUGAGUCUAAAGACCAAGCAAGUGUAAAUAACCGAAUAGUUUAUUUUUAAAAGGGAGAUUCAAGAGAGGAAAAACUGUGUCAGAAACUUUUAUGUCAUAGUUGUGUACGCUUGUUCGAUUAGUAAAGGGAUUUUCUUUUGGAACUAUAAUGGAACCAGAAAACAGUCUUGUGUUUCUUCUUCAUUGUGUCUGUAGUGUUUCUUCUUCAUUGUGUCUGUAUUGCUAUAUACAGACGGAUUCAAAAGUAUUAAAACAAAUUCUAACUACUUAA